CCCACCCCCAGGAUUUGCUCCUGCUGUUCCUCCACCUGAUACUCUCACCCCGCGUUCGAAGCCGUCGCGUCCCUCAAGACCCGGCUCCCCCCAGAGCCUUCUCGAGUAUUCGGGCCCAUAUCCACAUUACAUCCCUUGCGGGGCCCUCCCCUAACACCUGUUGGCCGCGCUCGGUACCAGCCCUCCCAGCGCGUCGGCAGCUCCGCAAAUGCCCGGGGUCCUCCAGGGAGCCUAGAGCACUUGAUGGAUCCUGAGACUUUGAGCCCAUUCAUGCCCAUUUUACAGAAGAAAUGGCAUUUGGGCCGGCACCCCAAAGGAGGAGAAAGAGCCACUUUUGGUUCAGAUCUGGAGGCACAGAGAGCUCAGAGGGAACACCUGAGAGCAGAACGAGGCCUAUGACAUCCUGUCAUGAACACAAGGAACUGGAGCAGUAGGGCACAUCUGGGCAGUGCUCUGUUCACACCUGGGCUGCAACCGCUCUCAUCGUGGCCUCACAGGUGCUUAAAAGAACAUGUAAUAGAAUUUUUCAUCAAACAAAUGGAACAUACCGCAGAACUUUGCUAAGAUGGACAAUUCGACACAUGAAGCCCAACACCGUGGCAAAAAAAAAUCCAGCCAUGCCAACAAAUUACAGAGAGGUUUUACUGCCGCAUAUCCAACACAAUCCUCCAUUCCUUUUAAAAGCCAGACUUCAACAAUUCUAGAAUCAGAAAAAAAGGGAUUCAACAGUCAAGCCAAGAGAUUUUAUUAUAAAAAGGAUGGUAUCCCAGGUCCCGGGUUCUAUGACGUCAUUCACCAAUCUCCAGUGUUCAACAAUGUCUCAUUGUCUAAGAAAGGGACAUGCACUUUUCCCUCUAUGUGUGCCCGACUGGACACCAUCAUUUCUAAAUCCCCUGCAGCGAACACAUACACUAUCCCAUCACGUUUUGUCUCGAAGAAAGACUUCAGUAAUUCCUGUUCCAGCAUGUUCCAGUUGCCAAGCUUUGCAAAAGUCCUCAAAUUUGAAACUCCUGCACCAAACCAUUACAAUGCCUCUGUCUCUUGCUGCAAGCAGAGAAACAACGUCUCUGCCCGAGCCGGGUUUGUGUCCAAAACCCAGAGAGGAUUUUUCACUAUCCCUGAAACAGGACCUGCCCCAGGGCAUUACAAUAUCAAUGAAUCCCUUGUGAAGCAGUCGCCAAAGGUAUUAAUGUCUUGUUUUAAAUCAAAAACUGAACGUGGAUCACAACUGACAUCAACAGGCCCAGGACCUGGUUAUUACAACCCCAAUGAUCACACCAAAAUUCUGAAAAAGACUCUUAUCCUGAAAAACCCCAUCCUGACCUUCUCUGCGCAGCCUCUGCCCCUGCCCCCGAAGCCACCGCUCCCAGGACCUGGUCAGUACGAGAUCGUGGACUACGAGGGGCCGCCCAGGCACUUCAUCUCCAGUGCGUCCUUCGUGUCCAACACCGGCCGGUGGACGGCAGCCCCGUCCCAGGCAGGCCUGCCGGGCCCAGCCACCUACAGGCCAGAAUUCCCCGGAAAGCAGUCCUUUCUCUACAAUGAGGACAAGAAAUGGAUCCCAGUGUUGUAGGGACCUCACACAAGCUCAAGGAGAGCCCUGGCCACCAGCCGCCCUACCCAGGCUUCCCAGGACAUUCAUUCAGAGAUGCCCAUUUUGUACGUGACAGAUGGCUCCCCCGGGCCGCUCUGCCCCCUGCCCCUGCCCCCAGCUGGUGUAGAGCUGGGCUCCUGCAUUUGUCCUUGUCUUGAGCUGCCUCCUAGAGACUGGACCUCCAUUUCUACUGCUUCCAGCAGUUUCCUGAGCAGAACUGAGAAGCGGACAGAGCCUCCCUUGGUUACCUCACCACGCACCUGUCCCUGCUGGCUUCCACAGGCCUCCCCACAGAUGUGAGGGGCUUCUGAAGCUCAGACUCCACGGAGAUGUUGGCCAAUGGCAGAUCCCCCAUCUAGAAGCCUGGUACUGAGCCAUGGGGUCCAGAAAGCACCUGCAGGAUGGACCACAUGGGCCUGCAGCCCAAGCAUGUUCUGGUCCUUCGGCCUUGACUUCCAGACUUCCCCUGGAGUUCAGGAGCUGGGAAGGCCCAGAAGUGCCUGUGACAGACACGAAGGGGCCACCUGGGCCCUUGCUCCCAGCUAAGCCUUCAGAUCUCACAUUUGGGAAGAGCAUGGCAGGUAGUCACCGUGGUCACGUGUGUUCAUUUCCCACCUUCGAGAGAGGCCACCACGUCCGUUCUGUGGCUCGGUAUUCCACAGCACAGGUGGGCAGGAGUCUGCUGGAGCCCGGGUCCUGGAUCAGUGAUUCUGAGGGGCAGGGAGGCCACGCACUGCUUGGCACUUGCAUGUUCUUUCUUUCACGGGGACGCCCCUGUCCCCAGGCCUGGCCUCUGUCUCCUCCCAGACCUCCUGCUCCAGUGUGACACAGUCUUUAGUGGAUCUUUUCUGGCCUGCCAAAUCAGUUUCCUCCUGGCAAGAGGAAGAGAUUCACAAAGAACCAGGGGGGCUAAGGGCCUUCCCAUCAGAAGGCCGCUGGCUGGCCCUCCCUUUGGGGAUGGAUGGGUGAGGAAGAGGGAGAGAGAAGAAUAGAAUAUCAUAUCCAAUUAAACAAUUCUUGCAAAAAAAAAAAAAAAACAAUUCUUGCAUUGUGAAAAAGCUGGCCUUUUAGUGACCCUCAGAUCCCUG